AUGGUCGCUUUUAACCCAGUCGUUCUUUUGGCCAUCGCCGCCUCUGCUGCUGCAGCAGGUCCAACCAUUUCCACCUCCACCAUCACCAUCACCACCACCGUCUUGGACCCCUGGGAAUCCUCCUCGCUCAUUUCCGCCUCCAAGGCCUCCGUCGCCUCCGAGGCCUCUGUCGCCCUGGAGCUCUCUGUAUCUUCCGAGGCUUCUGAGGCUUCUGAGGCCUCCAAGGCUUCCAAGGCUUCUGCUGCUUCUGAAGCUUCCGCUGCUUCUGAGGCCUCGGUUGCUUCUGAAGCUUCUGUUGCUUCCAAGGCUGCUGCUGUUUCUGAGGCUUCCGUGGCCUCUGUGGCUUCUGUCGAGUCGGCUGCUUCUGCUGCCUCUGAGGCUUCUGCUUCCAAAGCCGCUGCCUUGACUGCUUACCAAGGUGUGGUUGCUGUGGCUUCCUCCAACGUCUCCAACACCACCUCCGCUCCAGCUGCCGCCACCUCCGCUCCUUACGCCAACACAACCACUCCUUUGUACUCCAACACCACCAACUCCACCUCCAGCGUGCACAAGACGUCGUCCAAGACCAGCGGAAGCUCCAGUGGUACUGGUUCUGGUUCUUCUGGUUCUGCCACUUCGGGUUCUGCUACUUCCACCGGUGCUUCUUCUACAAGCAACGGCCAGGCUGCUGCUUUGGGAGUUGGUCUCGGUAUGCUUGGUGCUGUUGCCGUGCACUUGUUGUAA